AUGUCAGUCUCUAGAAUUUAUAUUGCGAACGUUUCGUAUUCAUCGAGUGAGGAGGAUCUCAGGGAGUUCUUGAAAGACUUUAACUUCUCCUCUGUGCUGAUUCCCUGUCACACAGUGCGGCGGUUUAGAAGGAACGAGGCCAGGUCGUUUGGUAUCGCUUAUGUAGACUUCACGUCGAGCGAGGAGGCGGUAAGGGCCGUGGAGGAAUUGAACGGUAAGGAGUUCGGCGGACGCGUGUUGAGGGUAAGGACACAUAACCCUUACCAACCACCAAAACCGAUCAAGGAGAGGUUUGGCACUAAGCUACAACAAUUGAAGAAGUUUGCCAAAUAUGAGGAUACAGCGGCAUCAGGUGAGAGAGCGCCAACCGACGCGCAGGAUCAUCCUGACCAACCGCAAGAAGGACAUAUGAGUCCAGAUGUUGUUCUGGUCAAUGGAACUACAGAUGAGGAACAACAACUUGCCAAUGUUAUAAACGAUCCGGUUACCAACGCGGACGCGCCAGGCACAGAACAGAAUAUUUCGAAGGAGAAAGCUAUCUCAGAGGACACCGUGUAUUGUGCAUUUUUGCCAAAGGAAACCACAGACAAUGACCUGAGAAACUAUUUCACUGAUUAUGGAUCCCGAGAGAUUUGGAUCUUCAGAACCAAAAAUGUUAGCAACAGCCGUUUCCGCUUCCGUAACAGGAACCAUACAGCGGCUUUGGUUACUUUAUCCACAGAAUUACCAUUGAAUAAAGUUAUUGAAGAGCUACUGGGGAAGAAACUACUGGGUACCAAAAUCUCAAUCAAACCAGCUUACAUCUACAAGAUAAACGAAGUUAAAAAAAUUGCAGAACAAUCCCAUAUGCUUGCCACAGAGUAUCGCCAUCAAAAUGGUAACAGUGAUGUAGUUAUAGGCACACCUAACGAGGCCCUGCUAAAUAGUACACAGGUAGCUUCCCAAAUCAUUGGCUCAAAUCCAGAAAUUGAAGUUUCUAAUCAAAAUUCAUCAUCCAUUGCCAAUGUCGCAGAAACUAAUGGGAAUGUUGGGGAUACUCCAAUUACAAAACUAGACUCCAGAAAUAACAUAAAAAUAGUUAAUAUAGGUAAUCCACAAGAUAAGACAAAAAAAAAUCAACCAAAUGACAACAAGGAAUUGAACAAAAUAGAUUUAGAAACCAAGAAUGAUUCUUUACAUUUGGAGAGUAUCUGUGAUCCGAUAAUUUCAAUUGACAUGAGCGGCAUGACUAAACAAAGUGUAGGUUCCAACAAGAAGAAAAACAAAAAGAAAAAAUCUGCCAGGGGAAAAGAAGUUAGAAAACUAUCUGUUUCAAACACAACUACCCAAUAG